GGUUUUUAGUUGUGAUUCUCUCAAGAAACAAAGAUGAGCUCUGGUCGCGCUGGUGUGUCGGGUCAAAAGUUCCGUAUGACCCUCGGUCUGCCCGUUGGCGCCGUCAUGAACUGCGCCGAUAACUCGGGUGGUAAGGCCCUCUUGAUCAUCGCCGUGUGCGGUAUCAAGGGUCGCCUGAACCGUCUCCCCGCUGCCGGUGUCGGUGACAUGUGCUUGUGCUCGGUCAAGAAGGGUAAGCCGGAGCUCCGUAAGAAGGUCAUGCCCGCUGUCGUCAUCCGCCAGCGCAAGUCGUGGCGCCGCCGCGACGGCAUCUUCCUCUACUUCGAGGACAACGCCGCCUGCAUCGUCAACCCCAAGGGUGAAAUGAAGGGCUCGGCCAUCACUGGCCCGGUCGGCAAGGAAUGCGCCGACCUCUGGCCCCGUAUCGCCGCCAACGCCGGUUCGAUUGUCUAAGUUUGCUCCGAUCGAAUAUAUCGAGUCCUAAGGUAUUACGCAAGCUGUUUCUUUUGAAUCCACACCCCGAAUCCUUUCUCUUGUUG